AUGCCAUUUUUGUUUAAGGCCUUGGAGCUGGUGAAACCAGGGGAUGUGAGAGUGGUGAUUUUAGGCCAGGAUCCAACUCCGCAAAAAGGCAAGGCUACUGGUGUGGCAUUUCACGUGAAAAAACCCCGUUUUGUUCCAGCGGUACUGCAUAUGUUUUUAGAAGUCGCCUUUGAAGGUUUCCCUGUGGACCUUGAUGAAGGUAAUGUUAUGGAAUGGGCAAGGCAAGGCGUCCUUCUGCUUAACACGGCUCUUACAUGUCCACACAAGCCUCCGAAGAAAGCAGAUAAAAAGGAUAUGUAUAAGUAUGGAAGUCACUCAGAAAUAUGGAAAGAUUUCACCAUAUCCCUGACCAAGUAUAUUGCGGGUAAGACAGCGGGUCCUUCUGUUUGGCUAUUGUGGGGGGAAGAGGCUAAAAAGUUCUCAAAGUGUAUAAAUAAAAAGCACCUUAUAAUUGAAGGAGGGCACCCUUCACCUACGGGCAUCGCCAAACAUGGAGAUUCGUUUUUUGGUGGCAACUACUUUAAUGGUGCCAAUCAGUUUUUGUGGAGCAAUGAGCGUGGCACUAUAGACUGGUCAUUAUCUGAUAGCGGGUUGAAUAGUUUGAAACUAACCCCUGAAAAUUGGAAAAAACAGCUUCUAGAGGACAAAAUAAAAAUAAAAA